AAAAAAAAACUUAAAUUCGGGUUGCCUAGUAGAUCCCGAGAAAAUCGCCAGUUUGUUGUAUACAUUUUCUCAUAACAAUACCAAACCAUUUUCUCAGCUACCAAUCUAGGGCUCCUAUCAUUCUUCUUGUAUUUGGUUUCUUUUCCUAUUAUAGAAUUCGAGGUUAUACAAUUCAAGUCUGAAAUCACCAAUUUAUAAAAAAAAAUUUAUUAGAUCGUGACUUGUGCAUUCUCAGUUGGAUUCUGGGUAUGUUUUUGGAGUAGAGAUUCUGAUCAGGGGAAGCUAAAAUGAAAUUUGGAGAGACUUUCAUGGAAUAUCUCCAUGGAGAACAGGAGGGAUUUCUUGAUAAGUGCUCUCAUGUUGAGUACAAGAGGCUCAAAAAGGUCCUCAAAAGUUGCAGGGUUUGUAGGGAAUCGAGGGACUCUUGUCCUAGCAAUGGACAUGACGAUGAUAAUGGAAACCCCCAAUUGCAUCAUGAGUUCUGUCAAUGUGAAGCUUGCCCAUUGUGUGAUCAGAUGUUCUUUUCUGAACUAAUGAAGGAGGCUUCGGAGAUAGCUGGAUUCUUUACUUCAAGAGUUAGACACAUACUCCAUCUUCAUAUUUCAACUGGGAUGCAAGGAUACUUGUUGCGCUUUCGUCAUUGUUUCACAAAUGAUCAGCAAGCAAUGGUACAAGAGGGUCGGAUGUUGAUUGAAUAUGUUACCAUGAAUGCUAUUGCUAUGCGGAAAAUCCUUAAGAAAUAUGAUAAGGUACACAGCUCUGUUAAUGGCAGGAAAUUUAAAUCUAAGAUGCAGUCUGAACGUAUAGAGUUACUGCAAUCUCCUUGGUUAAUCGAACUAGGAGCGUUCUACAUGAACUUUAAUGAACGAGAUGGUGGGGAGUCCAAUAAGUUUUUCUCCUAUGAUCUCCAUUCUACGCAACCUGUAAUGACCAUGAUGCUUCCAGAUUCUGUAAAGCUGGAAUAUAAUCUAAGUUGUGCUAUUUGCUUGGAACUUGUUUUCAAUCCUUAUGCUUUGUGCUGCGGACAUCUUUUUUGUAAAUCAUGUGCUUGCUCAGCUGCUUCGGUGAUGAUCUUCCAAGGUCUCAAAGCUGCAAGUCCAGAGUCCAAGUGUCCAGUUUGCAGAGCGGCUGGAGUAUAUGGUGAUGCAGUGCACAUGUUAGAAUUAGAUCUGUUCUUGAAGAAAAGGUGCAAGGAGUAUUGGAAGGAGAGGCUGGUUGCGGAACGUGCUGAGAUGGUGAAGCAAUCUAAGGAGUACUGGGAUUUACAAACCAAGUUUAUGAUUGGAUAUUGAUAUAAUAGCUCCAAUUCGAUAUCUAAAACUUGGAAAUUUUAAUUUUCAAGCCGAACUUACGACGUGGAGAAUUCCCAACAGGGGUACCUGUUUUUGUUAUCACACAGUUUGCUAGUGCUGAGAGGAAUACUGCCAUUUUUCUCUGGCUCUUCACCCAUGCCAAGCCAGAGUUUCAUGAAAAUUUUCUGCAAAUUUCUCUCUUUCUGUGACAAGUUGGAGUCUUUUUUGUUUUUUGUUUUUUGUUUUGUUUUGUUUGUUUUCUGUGAAGAAAAUAACAUUGGGCUGGUGAUUUUUCUACAAAUAAAUCAUACUCCUAUAUAUAUGUAUAUGUUAUUGAUGCCAAAAUGUUUGUUUACAAGGUUGCUUGUCAGAUGUAUGUAGUUUUGCUUCCAGCUGAGGAUGUGGUUUUCGAGGUUUGAAUAUGUGAUACUCAAAUUGUUGGA